GCUGAUUCGUCGUCCAAAUGAUCUGCUCCAGGCAAGAGUUUCAUACCUUGCGAAUGCACUUUCACAUUGAACAAAUCCCCGCUUUGCACGCGACUCCGGGGAGCACACUUUUCCUUUAGCUGUCAGGUAUAUACCGACGCCCCUGCCAAGCUAGCUUGCUCGUCAUGCACAGGGCAUAUAUUGUCCUCUGUGUAAGGCGGCUUCUGGGGGGACAGCGAUCGAUGCAAGCAUGGUACGGGACGAAUCUCUAUUGCGGAAGCGAAGUGUUCGCGGCGCAUGACUUCCAACACAGAUAAAGAGUUUAGUCGCUGCCUUCUCCCAGCGACCGCGAAGACACCCAAAUUUUGGUCCUUUGCCAGGAAUCCGAAGAUGGCCAAGCAUUUUCUUCUUUUUUUCGUUUCCAUUCUUACGCUCGUUAGUGCUUCGCCCGUUGAAAAUGAAUCGUCUUCCAAGAAACACUCUUUCAAAAAGCGGCACCCACUCCCACCUCUUCCUGGCAACGAUACGUGGUACGCGGUGCCGGACAAUAUUGCUGACUAUAACCCGGGCGACAUCAUAAAAUGGAGAAACGUCCCAAAUGCACUAUCAGUAGACAACCUUUCACCUAUCCGACCUCAGGCAGUAUAUCAAAUGCAGUACAGGACGACGGACAGUGUUGGUGAUGCUACGGCCUCAGUCGUCACCGCAAUCAUACCAUUCAAUCCGAGCCCCGAUCAUCUCUUUGCAUACGCGUACUUCUCAGAUUCUGCUGCACCAAGAUGUAAUCCUUCGCUUGCAAUGCAACUUGGCACUCCGGCCGAUGCCAUUUUCACCAAAAUACAGCUGGCUCCCAUUAUAUCUGCUCUGGAUCAAGGUUGGAUCGUGUCCGUCGCAGACGAUGGUGGCCCUUACGCCGCAUUUCCCUCAGGACCAGGAAUGGGUUAUCGAACACUAGACAGUCUUCGAGCCAUGAAGCAAUCCGGAAACCUCACUGGUCUUUCAUCAGACCCUACCAUCACUCUCAAUGGCUAUUCUGGGGGUGGUAUCACAGCGGCUUGGACCGGAGAAAUGCACCCUCUUUACGCGCCCGAGUUGAAGAUCGAUGGAAUUGCAUUGGGUGGUUUGGUGCCAGACUUUGUCUACCUUUCCAAUAUCAUAAAGGCUCAACAAGGGUACUUUGCCUGGGGUCCUGUAACAUUUGUUGGCCUAUCGCACGAUUACAGGAAUCUUUCAACCUGGCUUGAUGAAAAUCUCAAUCCAUCAACUGCGGACGCAUUUUGGGCCACCGAGACGUACUGUAUAGAUGGAAACGCGAACGUUUUCACCAACAUUGAUACGUGCAAUUAUUUCACUCAAGGUUGCGAAUCUUGGAACGACGAUAUUCCCAUGCAAACACUCCAAGAGGGCGCAGUCAUGGGUAUGCGCGCCACUCCAAUCGCUCCUUGGUACCUCUAUGAGACCGUUGGUGACCAAACUUCACCCGUCAAUAUCACAACAGCGCUCUAUGAGAAGUACUGUGCAAACGGUGCUAGUAUCCUGUAUGAGCAGAACCAAGUCCCGAUUUCGCAUUCCGAUGAAUCAUAUGCGGGCUGGCCAGGCGCUUUCGCUUGGAUGAAAGAGAGACAUGCCGGCACCCCACUGCCGUACUCUGGCUGUAUAAUGACAGAUGUGUCGUCUUACACAAUCGCAGCCGCUUGGCCACUACCGAUUAUUCAGACAGUAUUUCAGACACUAAUAGCGACGCUGGGCAUUCCUGUUGGCGCAAUACCAGGCACUACAUUUUUACCAUAGACGAGGGUUGGUACAUAUUCGCGCAGGGCUCGCAUCUUUGCCCACGAUAACGACUUUGUGUAUACUGCUUAUACUAACUUGUAAAUGUAAUACCCAAAACGCAUAGCAUUGCU